AGCUCCCCAAAUCACCCCCCAAUCUUCCCCGCCCCCCCAAAAAAGGGGUAGGGAACGGACCCAGGAAACUGCCAACCAAUCAGCCUCACAUUAACAGCUGCGAAGAUCCCAGAAAAGAUAGUCAAGAGAUCUUCCAACACGUAGAAAAGAACAAAGCUACUUAUUAGAGGCCAAGCUGGAUGUGGCAACGAAAGAGUUGUGACCCAAAAUUAAUAUGGCUACUGCCCAAAUCACGCACAUCGGCCAGAAGCAUAAAACCUUGAAGGAAACGGCCCUCUUUCCAAGCCGAAUUGCUUCUGAGCAAGAGUCCCUGGUUCUGGUGAAAAGGCUGCUUGCAGUUUCAAUUUCCUGCAUCAGUUACCUGCGAGGUCUUUUCCCGGAAAGCUCUUAUGGAACCUGCUAUUUAGAGGAUAUCUGUUUAAAAAUCCUUCGAGAAGAUAAAAGUUGCCAGGGAUCACUUCAAGUAGUUAAAUGGAUUCAGGGAUGUUUUGAUGCACUGGAAAAGAAUUAUCUACAUAUGGCAGUUUUGGCAAUCUAUACCAAUCCCAAAGACCCUGAGCACUUGACAGAAUUCUAUCAGUUCAAAUUCAAAUACACAAAGAAUGGACCUCAGAUGGACUUUGCUAGUUCUCAAGUCAGCUCUCACAACGGAGCAAAUAGCAAAGAAAUAAAAAAAGCCAGUAUUCUACUGAUCCGCAAACUAUAUAUAUUGAUGCAGCAUCUUGGACCGCUACCGAAUGAUAUUUCUUUGACCAUGAAACUGUUCUAUUACAAAGAUGUCACGCCUAUUGAUUACCAACCUCAUGGCUUCAAGGAAGGCGAGAGGUCAGACGGUCUGCUUUUUGAUGGUGACCCUGUGAACCUCAAAGUAGGGUCUGUUUCCACGGGAUUCCAUGUAUUGAAAGUGAGGGUAACCACAGACAGCAAAAGAGUGGGGAUGCUGGAGAACAGCCUGGUGGAAGAGAACGGCCCCACUGAAAUCUCCCACCAAGGUUUAGACUGUGAUGAUGAUGAUGAAGAAGAAGAGGAUGGCACUAAAGUACCAGAACAGAGGACGUUUAUGGCUGCUUCCAUGGAUAAAAAUAGGAUGUUUGAAGAAAAUGCAGUGUCACAGCACAAGCCCACUUUGAAUCCAGAUGUAACAGAAACAAUAAAGGACAGAGCCGAAGAGACAGAGAAAGAAUGCGGUACUAAAACGUCUCACAAAGUCCAAGAAAAAUGUUCUUCUAAAGAUUCAGUGGAAACAAGAAUGAUGCCACACCCAUUACAAAGAAACUGAAUUGUCUAGGAUCCCAAAACCAAGUAUAACUUGCUGUUGUUGAGAAAAAGUUACGUUUUCCCAGUUCUUUCCUAUCCACCCUUCGGCUUGGUAGAAGAAUGGCAGGGAAAAUAUUGUAGCAGACAGGGUGGGGACCCUUUUCCAUCCUUCCCUAGGAAACGCUACCAUCUCCCCAUCUCUAAUAUUGGUCUUGGCAGUUCCCAAAGGCCAGAGGGCGGAUCGCGAUCGCCUCUCUUGUCUCCAUUCAAGGGAAGUGCACAAGGAACAUCUGUCUACGAGGAGGCAGAGAACAGGUCUCCAGAAGAUGGAAAUGCCUUUCUGGCCACGUCACUUUUCAAUGGACGUGCUUAUAUGGAAAUAAUUCCACAGAAUUUUUCAUUUCCCCUUUGGGUUUUUCCUUACUGUAUUUGGUUAAAAAAAGAAAAGAAAUCGUGAGUUUUUAAACAUAUUCGAGUUUUCUAAAGUUCUUGUGUUGUUUAAUCUAAUUAAGAUGUAUUGGUUAAUGAACCCAGAGAGGCAUAUCGGUAACUUUUCUACUGGUUGAGAAAUAUUUUCACCCUACCUUCCGUUAAAACGAUGAAGAAAGUCAGGCUAAAGAUUCUGCCAAGGCCUGAUUUGAAUGCUGGCAG